CUCUCUCUCUCUCUCUCUCUCUCUCUCUCUCUCUCCUUCUUAGUUGCUUGAGAACACUCCUCAAUUGGCCUCUUCGUUUGGGAUUUUCGCAAUUCGUGGGAGAUUGAUGCGAAAAGUUGGAUCUUUUUGUCCAAUUAUGUGCGUGUUGUUUUGAUGGUAAAUUUGGGACCUUGUGGAUUUCGCUCCCUCUCUUCGCUUUUUGCUUCUUAUUUCUUCUCCCUUUUUGUAGAAAAAAGCGAGAAUUUUAGGUAGAAUUCAUGGAUUUCCCCUGAGACGCUUCUGGGUUUGUCGCAUUCGUAUUCCUAACCGUUGUGUUCGCUUCUUUGUUAAAAAAUUUUGGCUCAAAGAUUCGAGAUUUUUUUUUUCUUUUUUCUAUGGAGGAGACGAUGCGUUGUGUUCCCAUCCUCCUUUCCUCCUCCUCCUCCUUAUCCGAAGAUCCUUCGAGAAAAGCAGCGUUGCAGCUCGUGACAUUUAGUUGGGAAGCUGUUUUCUGAUGUGGGUUUCUCUUCUCCAGAAUCCGUGAGCUUCGAGCUUUUCCUUUUCCUCGUCCCUUUUUCUUCUUCUCUACUUGUGCUCCAUUAUUUCCCGAUUGCGAGAAAUGGGUCCUCUUCUCCGCUCCGUCGACGCCGUGGUGGAGGAGAUCAUGCGGCUCCACCGCUCCCUCCCGCCGCGGCCCACCAUCGAAGAGAUCGAAGCCGCCGCUUCGUUGGUGCGCCAUGUGGACAAGGAGGAGGCGGCCCGGGUUGAAUCGCUUUCGAGACAGAGCAAAGGCCCCGGGAUCCCCGACGAGCUCUUCUUUGUGCUCUUGGAGAUGCAGAAGAAUCUCGUCUACUUCAACAGCAGAGAGCAGAAGAGGGAGGCGCUUAAAUUGCUCGAUCUCGAGAACAUCCACGUCCUGUUCGACGAAAUGAUUCAGAGAGCAUCCAAUUGUCUUCCUUCCAGUUCUAGUAAUGUGGCCGUCACGGCGGCGGCGGCUGGAGUGAAGAGUGAUGUGGGUUCUUCCAGUACUGUUUCGCCUGUUUUUCAUACUGAGAAAGAGGUCGCGAGGAGCUCCGAUCGUGUUGCGAGGGAUGAUAGCUAUGUGAAGAAGGCGAAGUCCGUAAUGUGUGCAGAUGGCAUCGCUAGCGAGUCCCAUGCUUCGCAUGGGAUCUCGUCGAUGAAUUCUACAAUCCGAACAGAUGCUACUUCUGGAGAAGAUCGCGAGAAGCUGAGCCUUAUCAAGCUAGCUAGCUUGAUCGAGGUCUCUGCGAAGAAAGGCACGAGGGAUCUCAACCUUCAGAACAAGCUGAUGGACCAAAUCGACUGGUUGCCCGACUCACUAGGGAAGCUUUCUAAUCUUAUCUCUCUUGAUCUAUCGGAAAAUAGGAUUGUUGUUCUACCAACCACUAUCGGUUCUCUUUCCUCUUUAACCAAACUGGACCUUCACUCGAAUCGGAUUGUUCAACUCCCUGAUACUAUAGGAGAUCUUCAUAACUUGCUUUAUUUGGAUCUGAGGGGGAAUCAGUUAUCUUUAUUGCCUUCCACAUUUGGAAAAUUAGUCCAGCUCGAAGAAGUUGACCUGAGCUCAAACCAGCUCCUCUCACUUCCUGAUUCUAUUGGGAAUCUUAUUCGAUUGAAGAAGCUAAACAUUGAAACAAAUGAUAUUGAGGAACUCCCGCAUACUAUUGGCCAUUGUGCUUCUCUAGUUGAGCUUCGAGCCGAUUAUAAUCGCUUGAAAGCCCUUCCAGAAGCUAUUGGAAAGCUCGAAUCUCUCGAGAUUUUAUCUGUUCGAUACAACAAUAUCAAAGGGCUUCCAACAACGAUGGCUUCUCUGCCAAAAUUAAAGGAGAUUGAUGUGAGCUUUAAUGAACUUGAAUCGGUGCCUGAGAGCUUAUGCCUCGUCACCACACUAGUCAAGCUAAAUUUGGGGAAUAAUUUCGCCGAUUUGCAAUCUCUUCCGCGCUCGAUAGGCAAUCUCGAGAUGCUAGAAGAGUUGGAUAUAAGCAACAAUCAGAUUAGGGUUCUUCCAGACUCUUUUCGAAUGUUAUUGAGGCUCCGCAUUCUUCGUGCAGAAGAGAACCCUUUGGAGGUACCACCAAGACAUAUAGCUGAAAUGGGUGCUCAGGCUGUUGUUCAGUACAUGACUGAACUCGUUGCUAAGAGAGAUACCAAGUUACAGCCAAUAAAGUCUAAGAAGAGUUGGGCUCAGUUUUGCUUUUUCUCAAGGCCUAACAAGAGAAAGCAUGACCGAUUGGAUAACAUAACCUGAUUUAUGCUUGCAAAAUUCAUCAGGAACCCUGUUUUGCAGGAUACCCAUCCUUAAAAGUCCUCCUUUUUAGUUGAAAACCUCCUUAUCCCUGUGAAGAAUGCUAGAGGAGGACAAAGCUUUGCAGAUUUUACAGAGGCGUAUGUUUAAAUAGAUGAUUUUGCCAGUGUAUGUAUGCAAAAUCCUGCUAUUAGUUUUGGCAUUAGUGAUCUUUUUCUUUCUGUGAGCUUCGCUUCUGUUCACAGUGUUAGGUUCAAACUAAAUUGCAGGUGACGUUGAUCGACGGCAUGAUCAAGAAGCAUAACUACUAUUGAGACUAAUGUAAAGCUGAUCACCAGCGUGGUGAUUCUAAUUUUUCCUUGAUGUUGUGUGUAAACUAAUCCAAAUCUCCGCUCCAGGCUACCGAGGCCUGUUUGUUCAUUGCAUCUCUGGUAUAUUUGAACUUGUUUGAGGUGUACCAUUAACUUCUCCGGCAAUUAACAACCGAAAAAUUGGAAACCAUUUAUUUCAUUCAUUGCACCGUCUUUCAGUUGAUUUUCUUUGUAACAUAAUAAUUUUAGCAAUUCCAGGAACUAUUAUUAUGGUCAUUACCAUGCACUUUUGUCAGUGAAUGUAGUUAAUGUGAUUUUUCUAUUUACGUUUUAAAUUGUAGUCGAA